GGAGGACCACCCCGCGGAGGGAUCCGGUUUGUUGUGGUGUGGGAAGGGGGAGGACGCUGACAAACCAAGAUGGCGGCGGCAGCGGUGAAGGCCGCGGCGGUUGGGAGGUAACUGUGGUGGUGAAGGCUGCGGGAGUUGGGAGGCAGCAGCAGAGUUUGGAAGGAACCGAGCAGGAUUGAGAGGCGGCAGCAGGAGGGCCAGCCUUUGCCUCUCAGAGCGCGGCACUCAACACGCCCCCUUGGCCCCCGGCGGGCGGCGGCUGCCCCGCUUAGGGCCUAGUCUCCGAGCAGUGCCUCGGUUUCAUACAGCGGCAUCCGCCAUGAGUCCUUAAGGGCUACCCGAGCCCUCCAGUCCUAGGGUCCACCAUGGAGCCGGGGUCUGACGACUUCCUCCCGCCGCCGGAGUGCCCGGUGUUCGAACCUAGCUGGGCCGAGUUCCGAGACCCUCUUGGCUACAUCGCGAAAAUCAGGCCCAUCGCCGAGAAGUCCGGCAUUUGCAAGAUCCGCCCACCCGCGGACUGGCAGCCACCCUUUGCUGUAGAAGUGGACAACUUCAGAUUUACUCCCCGAAUCCAGAGGCUGAAUGAACUAGAGGCCCAGACGAGAGUGAAACUGAACUACUUGGACCAGAUUGCCAAAUUCUGGGAAAUCCAGGGCUCCUCCUUGAAGAUUCCCAAUGUGGAACGGCGGAUCUUGGACCUCUACAGCCUCAGCAAAAUCGUGGUGGAGGAAGGUGGCUAUGAAGCCAUCUGCAAGGACCGUCGGUGGGCCCGGGUGGCCCAGCGCCUCAACUACCCACCAGGCAAAAACAUUGGCUCCCUGCUACGCUCCCACUAUGAACGCAUCGUUUACCCCUAUGAGAUGUACCAGUCUGGAGCCAACCUGGUGCAGUGCAACACGCGCCCAUUUGAUAAUGAGGAGAAGGACAAGGAAUACAAACCCCACAGCAUUCCCCUGCGACAGUCUGUGCAGCCUUCCAAGUUCAACAGCUAUGGCCGACGGGCCAAGAGACUGCAGCCUGAUCCGGAACCCACAGAAGAAGACAUUGAAAAGAACCCGGAGCUGAAGAAGCUGCAGAUCUAUGGGGCAGGCCCCAAGAUGAUGGGCCUAGGCCUCAUGGCCAAGGACAAGACUCUGCGGAAGAAAGAGCUGCUCUGCUCUCUCCCAGAUAAGGAAGGGCCUGAGUGUCCUCCGACUGUAGUGAUAAAGGAGGAGUCAGGCGGGGAUAUGAAGGUGGAGCCGGCCUCACCCAAGACCUACCUGGAGAGCAAGGAGGAGCUGAGUCACAGCCCAGAGCCCUGCACCAAAAUGACUAUGAGGCUGCGGAGGAACCACAGCAAUGCCCAGUUUAUUGAGUCGUAUGUAUGUCGGAUGUGUUCCCGAGGGGAUGAGGACGACAAACUCCUGCUAUGUGACGGCUGUGAUGACAACUACCACAUCUUUUGCCUGCUGCCUCCUCUGCCUGAGAUUCCCAAGGGUGUCUGGCGGUGCCCAAAGUGUGUCAUGGCGGAGUGUAAGCGUCCCCCCGAAGCCUUUGGCUUUGAGCAGGCUACCCGGGAAUACACUCUGCAGAGCUUUGGAGAGAUGGCUGACUCCUUUAAAGCCGAUUACUUCAACAUGCCCGUGCACAUGGUACCCACAGAACUUGUGGAGAAGGAGUUCUGGCGGCUGGUGAACAGCAUUGAGGAAGAUGUGACGGUUGAGUAUGGGGCUGACAUCCAUUCCAAAGAAUUUGGCAGCGGUUUCCCUGUCAGCGACAAUAAGCGUCACCUAACCCCUGAGGAGGAGGAGUAUGCUACCAGUGGCUGGAACCUGAAUGUGAUGCCAGUGUUGGAGCAGUCCGUACUGUGCCACAUCAAUGCAGACAUCUCCGGCAUGAAGGUGCCCUGGCUCUAUGUAGGCAUGGUCUUCUCAGCCUUUUGCUGGCACAUUGAGGAUCACUGGAGUUACUCCAUUAACUACCUCCACUGGGGUGAACCGAAGACGUGGUAUGGGGUACCCUCGCUCGCAGCAGAACAUUUAGAGGAGGUGAUGAAGAAGCUGACACCUGAGCUCUUUGAUAGCCAGCCUGACCUCCUCCACCAACUUGUCACCCUCAUGAAUCCCAAUACCCUCAUGUCCCAUGGCGUGCCGGUUGUCCGCACCAACCAGUGUGCAGGAGAAUUCGUCAUUACCUUCCCUCGUGCUUACCACAGUGGCUUCAACCAAGGCUACAAUUUUGCUGAGGCUGUCAACUUUUGCACUGCUGACUGGUUGCCAGCUGGGCGCCAGUGCAUAGAGCACUACCGCCGACUCCGUAGAUACUGUGUCUUCUCCCAUGAGGAGCUCAUAUGCAAGAUGGCUGCCUGCCCAGAGAAGCUGGACCUGAACCUGGCAGCAGCUGUGCAUAAGGAGAUGUUCAUCAUGGUCCAGGAGGAGCGGCGUCUACGAAAGGCUCUGCUGGAAAAAGGCAUCACUGAAGCUGAGCGAGAAGCUUUCGAGCUGCUCCCGGAUGAUGAGCGCCAGUGCAUCAAGUGUAAGACCACGUGCUUCCUAUCAGCCCUGGCCUGCUACGACUGUCCAGACGGCCUUGUCUGCCUUUCCCACAUCAAUGACCUCUGCAAGUGCUCCAGUAGCCGGCAGUACCUGCGGUAUCGCUACACCUUGGAUGAGCUCCCUGCCAUGCUACAUAAGCUGAAGGUUCGGGCUGAGUCCUUUGACACCUGGGCCAACAAAGUGCGAGUGGCCCUGGAGGUGGAGGAUGGGCGGAAGCGCAGCCUUGAAGAGCUGAGAGCACUGGAGUCUGAGGCCCGUGAGCGGAGGUUCCCGAACAGUGAGCUGCUGCAACGACUAAAGAACUGCCUGAGUGAGGCAGAGGCUUGUGUGUCCCGGGCACUGGGCCUGGUCAGCGGCCAGGAAGCUGGUCCCCACAGGGUAGCUGAUGUACAGAUGACCCUGGCCGAGCUCCGGGCCUUUCUGGACCAGAUGAGCAACCUGCCGUGCGCCAUGCACCAGAUUGGAGAUGUUAAGGGUGUUCUGGACCAGGUGGAGGCCUACCAGGCUGAGGCCCGUGAGGCCCUGGCCUCACUGCCCUCCAGCCCAGGGCUCCUGCAGUCCUUGUUGGAGAGAGGGCGGCAGCUGGGAGUGGAGGUGCCCGAGGCCCAGCAGCUCCAGCGGCAGGUGGAACAGGCGCGGUGGCUGGAUGAGGUGAAACGCACGUUGGCCCCCUCAGCCCGAAGGGGCACCCUGGCUGUCAUGCGAGGACUGCUGGUGGCGGGUGCCAGUGUAGCCCCUAGCCCCGCUGUGGAUAAGGCCCGGGCCGAGCUGCAGGAGCUGCUGACCAUCGCCGAACGCUGGGAGGAGAAGGCCCACCUCUGUCUGGAGGCCAGGCAGAAGCAUCCACCAGCCACACUCGAGGCCAUAAUCCAUGAGGCAGAAAACAUUCCUGUUCACCUGCCCAACAUCCAGGCUCUCAAGGAGGCUCUUGCUAAGGCCCGGGCCUGGAUUGCUGAUGUGGAUGAGAUCCAAAACGGUGACCACUAUCCCUGCUUGGAUGAUUUGGAGGGCCUGGUGGCCGUGGGCCGGGACCUACCCGUGGGGUUGGAGGAGCUGAGGCAGCUAGAGCUGCAGGUGCUGACGGCACACUCCUGGCGGGAGAAGGCCUCAAAGACCUUCCUCAAGAAGAAUUCCUGCUACACGCUCCUGGAGGUGCUCUGCCCAUGUGCAGACGCCGGCUCGGACAGCACCAAGCGCAGCCGGUGGAUGGAGAAGGAGCUGGGGUUGUACAAGUCUGACACAGAGCUGCUGGGGCUGUCUGCACAGGACCUCAGGGACCCAGGCUCUGUGAUCGUGGCCUUCAAGGAGGGGGAACAGAAGGAGAAGGAGGGCAUCCUGCAGCUGCGACGCACCAACUCCGCCAAGCCCAGUCCCCUGGCAUCAUCGACCACGGCUGCCUCGGCAAACUCCAUCUGUGUGUGUGGGCAGGUGCCAGCCGGGGCGGGAGCUCUGCGGUGUGACUUGUGUCAGGACUGGUUCCACGGGCGAUGUGUGUCGGUACCCCGCCUCCUCAACUCCCUGAGGCCCAGUCCCCCCUCAUCCCCACUGCUGGCCUGGUGGGAGUGGGACACCAAAUUCUUAUGUCCGCUGUGUAUGCGCUCCCGGCGGCCGCGCCUGGAGACCAUCCUGGCCCUGCUGGUAGCCCUGCAGAGACUGCCCGUGCGGCUGCCUGAGGGCGAGGCCUUGCAGUGCCUCACAGAGAGGGCCAUCAGCUGGCAAGGCCGUGCCAGGCAGGCUCUGGCCUCUGAGGACGUUUCUGCCCUGUUGGGACGGCUGACUGAACUGCGCCAGCGGCUACAGGCUGAACCCAGGCCCGAGGAGCCCCCUACCCUCCCUUCAGCCCCUGCCUCUGACCCUCUCAGAGAAGGCAGUGGCAAGGAUAUGCCUAAGGCCCAGGGGUUGGAGAACGGAGACAGCGUGACCAGUCCUGAGAAGGUAGCCCCGGGGGAAGGCUCAGGUAAGAGAGACCUGGAGCUGCUGUCCUCGCUGUUGCCACAGUUGACUGGCCCCGUGUUGGAGCUGCCUGAGGCAACCCGGGCCCCCCUGGAGGAGCUCAUGUUGGAGGGGGACCUGCUUGAGGUGACCCUGGAUGAGAACCACAGCAUCUGGCAGCUGCUGCAGGCUGGGCAGCCUCCAGACCUGGAGCGGAUCCGCACACUUCUGGAGCUGGAGAAGGCAGAGCGCCAUGGGAGCCGGGGCCGGGGCCGGGCGUUGGAGAGGCGGCGGCGGCGGAAGGUGGAUCGGGGUGGGGAGGGUGAUGACCCAGCCCGAGAGGAGCUAGAGCCAAAGAGGGUCCGGAGCUCAGGGCCAGAGGCCGAGGAGGCCCAGGAGGAGGAGGAGCUGGAGGAGGAGACGGGUGCUGAGGGUCCUCCCCAACCCCUGCCCACCACUGGCAGCCCCAGCACCCAAGAGAACCAGAAUGGCUUGGAGCCAGCCCCAGGGGCCAGUUCGGGCCCCUCAGCCCCUUUCUCCACUCUGACUCCACGGCUGCCCGUGCCCUGCCCACAGCAGCCGCCUCAGCAACAGUCGUGACAGUGGCUGAGCCUGGCACAGACCCCGACAGAGACCCCCCCUUGGCCUCAAGGAUCCUCUUUCUGACCAUCAAGCCUGCUUCUUGGGAGGUGGGCGAGUAGGGGGGAUGGCCACCCCCCACCUCAGCCCACCCCUGAGUCCCUUGACUUUUAUAUUCUGACUCCAAGGUAUUGUUUAGACCUCAGCUCCUGGGGGCCGGCCCCUGGAGUCCCCCUCCCUGGUAGCCUCUAACCAGCAUUCCCAGACACCUGAGGCAGAUGGACAGAUGGAUGGGCAGGGGGACCGGGGGUGGCUGAGGCUGGGCCAGCACCAUUCCAGAGACAAGGCCAGUGCAUAUGCAAACUGGGGGACUCUCCUCUCCCUCACCCCAGUUCCAGCCCUGGCCAGGCCAGGCUACACUAACCUCCCCUCCCCCUCACUCUCCCCUUGCCCUUCCUCACUUUCCCCUCGCCUUCCUCCCCCUUCUCCUGACUGAUCCACCCAGGAGGAGGAAACCACAUAGCUGUGCUCACAGUGUCUUUUAAAUGAUUUGGUCGGGGAGCUAGCAGGGCUCCCUGCAAUCUGAAGAAAGCUUUUGGUGCUUGUCCUCACAGCCACCGGACCUUCCCUCCCCGUCCCGCCCCGUCUCCUUUCCUCCUCCUGGGUUCCUGUUGUAAUAAAACAAGAUUGUUGGUGUGUAAUUAAUUUGUUCAAAAGAAAACAAAAAGCAAAACAAGAAACUUGGUUCCAGCUGAAGCCUAUUUUAAUUUUAUUUUAUUAUUUUCCUCUUGUUAGAAAUAAAACCCUUAGCAACGUUUUUUGGAAA